AUGGGGGACCCUAAGACCGAUGACUGGUUACCAGAAGGCUGGAGGGUAGACGUUAAAGUGAGAAAUAAUGGUAAAAAAGAUAAGUUUUACUUUCCUCCCUCGGGUGGAUUCAGAUUCAACUCCAAGAUUGAAGUAUCUCGCUAUCUCAACAGCAGCCUUCCAAAUUCUGAAGAAAAGGAAGGAAGCAAUGAUCGGCGGUCCUCAAACAAGGUUGUAAUCGAGAAGACUAUACCAGAAGGGUUACCUCCAGGAUGGACCAAGGAAAUCAAAGUAACAAAGAAGGGCGGCAGAAUUAGAAGAGAUCCGUUUUACAUUGAUCCUGUUAGCAGAUUUGUUUUCCGCUCCAUGAAGGAUGCACGUCGCUACAUUGAAAGUGGUGUGGUAGGAAGGCUGGCAUUCAAGCGAAAUGACAGAGACAACAAUGGUGUAGAGUUGAAAGAUGAUGAAACCUGCGUGCCAGCUCUUGCUGAGAAACAAGAUUUGGAAAUCAAUGAAGCACCAAGUCCAAUUAUAGGUGACCAGAGCUUGAAGCCAUGUGAAAUUGCUAAAGAUGAGCAGAUACUUAAUUCAGCCUCUACAGUAGAGUGCAUAACGGGCUCUGAGCAUACUUCUGAUCAGUGUGUGUCUAUAGCAAAGAAAGAAAACUUGGAAGUCAGUAGAACACCAACUCCAAUUAUAAGCAGCCAGAGCUUGAAAUCAUGCGAAAUAGCUAAAGAUGAACAGACACUUAGUUUGGCCUCUGCAGGAAAAUGCACGACUAUCUCUUCUUCUUCUGAUCAGUGUGUCUCUGCAGCCAAGAAACAAAAAUUGGAAGUCAAUGGAAUGCCAAGUCCAAUUAUAAGUGACGAGACCUUGAAGUCGUGUGUGAUUGAUUCAGCCUCUACGAGAGACCAGACCUUGAAGUUGUGCGUCCUUGAUUCAGCCUCUACAAGAGAAUGCACAACUGUCUCUGAGCUUACUUCUGAUCAGUGUGUGUCUGUAGCUAAGAAACAAAAAUUGGUUGUCAACGGAACACCAAGUUCAAAUAUAAGUGACCAGAGCUUUAAGUCCUGUGAAAUUGCUAAGAAUGAACAGAUAUUUAAUUCAGCCUCUACAGGAGAAUGUUCAACUGUCUCCAAGCAUACUUCUACUCAGUGUGAGUGUAGGGAGAUGGAAGGGGAGGAGGAGGUUGGGAAAACAGUUCUACUUACGAGCGGAGUGGGAACUGAAGCAAGCAGCUCAGAAUUUCCUGAGGUUAAGGGUUCGAACCAAACAGAAGAGAAGUGUGAUUCUGCUAAGACUUCAUUUGUUGAAGAUCCUUCACGAGGUGUUCUACAGGAUAAACUAUCAUUGGAAGUUGAGGAGACAAGAAAGGAAAGUAAAAAGGCCGGAGUAAGAAAAUACAAGAAGAAAAAUGAUCUUAACCUUCCUCGUCGGGCCUCAAAGCGACUUGCUGGCAUUCCACUAGCUCCAACACCAGAACUGAAGUUAACAACCCGAGUUCGUCGAGCUGCACUUGAACCGAAUAAUGAGAUAGUUGCUAGUACAAGUGAGCAGGCAUCCUGUGGUGAGCUAGAUACUGAGCUGAACACAAAGAAUGCAUUUGGCACCUCCAAAAGCACAGAAAUGCCAGUGGAAUCAAAUGAGAGUAAGCAUGCUAUUGUCGAUAUGGAGCAUGCUGGAAAGGCAGGAUCAGGAAAGGAGGGGGAAGAGAAGCAUGAAUGUGCUGUUGUUUCCCCUCCUGGGAACCUCUCUAUUGCUGAACAUUCUGAAAAGAUUGAAACCGCCAAUAACGGUGAAGAGAAGCCAGGACUGCCUUUCGACCUGCCACUUGAGGAGUUAUGGCAAGACCCAUGCAUUGCCUUUGCAAUAAAAACUCUCACCGAAACAUCUGUUGAUGAUUCUGAUAGUAUUAAAGUGUCAUCAGGAUCGAGCAAUAAUGAAUUUGUGGGCAUGGCUGCUUUGGAUGAGCAUGCUGGCAAGGAAGACAUUGGGAAUAAUGGAAAUCUCUUUAGUCCAGAAGAGCAUGCUAGAGGGGUUGAAACUAGCAACAAAGCUGAUGAGAAGCCAGCACCUCCCCUCGAGUUGCCUUUUGCUGAUGCAUGGUCAGACCCCUGCAUCGAAUUUGCAAUAAAAACUCUGACAGGUGACAUUCCACUGGACUUCGAUAUGGUCCAGGAUUACCUUCCACAGCAAGUUGGCUCUUCGCAACAGCAGGAAAGUAGUUGCUUCACCUUGCCAAAUGUAGGUGAUUUUUGCCAAACUGAAAUUUUAUGCCAGCAAUUCGGCACUUCAGAGAAGCCUUCGUUUAAUCAAGCACCUUGGGUAGGGCCUGCAUUGCCGCACGCUAAACAUGUUAAUUUAGGUUACUCAGCCGGACCUAGUCGACGCCAAGCUAGUGAAGAGAGAAGCAAUAAACGUCGAAGAUAA